AUGAGUUUAAGCUCAUCUUUUGGGAAUCAUUGGAGGGAUAUGAGAGAGGUAUUGAAAAUCAUGAAGGACCAUCAAUUGUUGGCAAAAAUGAGCAAGUGUUCCUUUGCUAAACCAGAGGUAGAAUAUUUGGGGCAUAUAAUUUCAAAACAAGGGUUGCAGACUGUUGUGGUAGCUUGGCCUAAACCAACAAGUAUUAAGGAGUUGAGGGGGUUCCUAGGCCUCAUAGGAUACUAUAGAAGGUUCAUCAAAUCAUAUGGUACCAUAAGUAGGCCCCUUAUUAACAUGCUUAAGAAAGAUGCCUUCCAAUGGAGUAAUGAAUCUGAAAUUGCCUUUGAAGAGUUGAAGAAAGCCUUGUGUACUGCCCCAGUACUGACAUUACCUGACUUCAACAAAGAAUUUGUGGUGGAAGCUGAUGCUUGUUACAAAGGAAUGGGGGCAGUGUUAAUGCAAGAAGGAAAACCAGUGGCUUACUUUAGCAAGGGGUUUGGGACUAUCUAUUUAUGA